AUGGGUCGGCUCGACCGGAGUGAUACCACGGCCUCACAGAAUACCGGCGUGAAACAAACAACCCACAGUGUUGUGUUUCGCCGUGUGAAUGAGGUUACCGGAGGCCCAAUCCCGUCCCUUCCCCUAUCCCUUCCCGAUCCUUACAUCCGCAACCCUUAUCCCCAAAAGGCCGGAAACGCACUCGUAAAUCCUUUGGUGUUGCGGGUGUCCAUGGGCGGCGCUGGUUGCUUACCAUCAGGAUCUCAGUGUUCGGACGGCCGCGGUAAGAAUGGAACGUGUGUGAACGCUUGCCAAUGCCUGUCCAUGAUAGAAGAUGUCAAGAGGAAGAGUUACCCACAGAUCUGCUCGUUUCAAGGCAACGUGCCGAUCGUAUGCUGCACUGAUUGUGAGAAAGUUACCCAUAUAAACCAUGCCAUCGUUGACAAGUUAGGUGGCAUACACUUCAGGACUGGACGGAAAGCUUAUGAUGUAUGUCUAGAACACCUCGCGAACCUGCCCUACGAGGGAUGUGGCCCCACUUCGGGCCUGGUGAAGCUUUGGCAUGAGCAGGAGCAAUGCUACAAGUACUCCCACAGAUACGGCGUCUACGCUGCACAUAUUGGACAGGACGCCAGGAGGGGACAGUUUCCACAUAUGGCGCUGCUCGGCUACGGUGGGUCGAUGGACACAGCGGAUUGGUUGUGCGGUGGCUCACUGAUCAGUGACAAGUUCAUCCUGACCGCCGGUCACUGCAUCUCCAGUGCUGUGCUCGGCAAAGUCCGUUUUGCGGCGAUGGGCAUUCUUCGACGAACGGAUCCGCCGGAGCGCUGGCACCGGUACCACGUCUCGCGUAUAGUGCCACAUCCCGAGUACCACGCGCCAUCUAAGUACCACGAUAUAGCUUUACUGGAAACGAGUAAAAGGGUAAACUUCAACUUACACGUGUACCCGGCUUGUCUGAAUAUUGACGACCAUUUCCUCGGAGUGGUCACUGCCACGGGCUGGGGGGCGCUCGGACAUAAUAUGGAGCUAGCAGACACGUUGCAAGCUGUAUCUCUCCAAUCGUACUAUGAAGAGGUAUGCGCAGUGCAUUAUCCCCCACAUCGACACUUGCUGUCUGGCUUCAACGGCACCAUUCAGAUGUGUUAUGGAGACGAAUUGGGGGCUCGGGAUACGUGUGAGGGUGACAGCGGAGGUCCUUUGCAAGCCAAGCCCGUCCUUUCAAGAUGUCUCCACACAGUGAUUGGUGUGACGUCAUACGGUCGAAACUGUGGCUACUCCGGUCAACCGGGUAUUUAUACAAGGGUGCGCUUCUAUGUGCCAUGGAUCGAAAGCGUAGUGUGGCCGGACUAA